UGGCUACGUCCCUGAUCUCGGUUGUGCGCAAUGCACAAGGCGCACGCGCGUUGCUUCAGAACUCGAGGUCUGAUUCGCGAGAAUCGUCUUUCUUUAAGUUGGCUGUUCUGUCAGUUCUUUGUUCGUUAGUGGCAACGGUCGAGUAUUGUCAGCGUUUCCCAUUCUCCCGCGGUCAGUCAGCCUCAUUCGUCUUUUUGGGAGUUGCUAGGGAAGACGAUUUACAGUAUUGAUCUGCUUAACUAUUCCGGCUCGAUACCCUUCGUGUACUUCGUGUACAUCUCUCCAUCAACGAUCAAGAACAGACAAUCAUGGAUGAUGACUGGGGUCAGGAUUUCUCUACCUCUGUAGUGAAUAAUGAAGCUUCUUAUGAUGAAGGUGGACGCAGCUAUGGAAAGGGACGUGGUUUCAUAGUACAGAAUAAUAAUGACGAUGAAUGGGGUUCAGGUACCAAAGGCUUCAAUGGAAGAGAUUCGAACAGAGAAUUUGGUGGCGGUGACAAUAAUUGGGAAAAUAAUGAUAAUAACGAUGACAGAGGAAGAAGGGGAGGUAGAGGAGGUCGAGGUGGUAGAGGAGGAAGAGGAGGUGGAGAUCGUGGCGGCAGAGGAGACAGAGGUGGCUGGGGAGGCGACGACGGAGGAUUUAAGGGAAGAAAUCGGGAUAAUGAUGACAGAAAUAAUGAUUAUCAGAACAAUGACAAUGGAGAUGACAGAAAUGAUAGGCGAAGGAAAUUUGGUGGACGAGACGAUGGAAACGAAGACGAUGACGGAGAGCCCCAAAAGCCCAGAGAACACUACAUUCCGGACUUACCUACGGAUGAAAAAUCACUCUUUGAACAUGGCGUGGAAAUGGGUAUCAAUUUCGAUAAAUAUGAUAAGAUCGAAGUAAACGUGGGCGGUGAGAACGUACCUAGACCGAUAGAAAAUUUCGAAUCGGCUGGGUUGAGGCGUAUCAUAUUGGAUAAUAUUAAGAAGUCAGGAUACACGAAACCGACCCCAGUACAGAAAUACGCUCUGCCGAUUAUAAUGAAUGGCCGAGAUUUGAUGGCUUGUGCACAAACAGGCUCGGGAAAGACUGCUGCAUUCGCAGUUCCUAUUAUAAACACGCUUCUGGACAAUCCUACGGAGUUAAUCGUAACGUCGACGCACUGCGAACCACAAGUUGUCAUCGUGUCGCCUACCCGAGAACUUACGAUACAAAUCUGGCAGCAGAUCACAAAGUUCUCGCUCGGAUCGAUCCUAAAGACUGCCGUUAUUUACGGUGGAACGUCUGUUCUUCAUCAAGGAGGACAACUUAUCAACGGCUGCCACAUAUUAGUAGCAACUCCAGGAAGAUUGUCAGAUUUCGUCAACAGAGGAAGGGUCAAGUUCUCUUCCGUACGAUUCCUCGUAUUGGACGAAGCGGAUCGGAUGCUGGAUAUGGGAUUUUUGCCUGAGGUCGAGAAGAUCGUAAAUCACGAAACGAUGGUUCCCUUGGGCGAGAGACAAACGCUCAUGUUCUCUGCAACGUUCCCAGCCGACGUGCAAGAUCUCGCUAAGCAAUUUCUCAGCAAUUAUCUAUUCCUCGCUGUUGGUAUAGUGGGUGGAGCGUGUGCGGACGUAGAGCAAAACUUUUACGAAGUCACGCGAAGGGAGAAGAAGAAUAAAUUAAAAGAAAUCUUGGAAAGGGAGAACGAUGCUGGCAAAUUGAGUGGAACUCUGGUGUUCGUCGAGAUGAAGAAGAAGGCGGACUUCAUCGCAGCGUUCUUGUCCGAGAGCAAUUAUCCUACCACCAGUAUUCACGGGGACAGAUUGCAAAGGCAAAGGGAAGAAGCGUUGAGCGAUUUCAAGAGUGGAAGGAUGUCUAUUCUAGUAGCCACGGCUGUUGCUGCUAGAGGAUUAGAUAUAAAGAACGUGUCGCAUGUGAUAAACUACGAUUUGCCAAGGACGAUCGACGAGUACGUUCAUCGGAUCGGAAGAACUGGUCGCGUGGGAAAUCGAGGAAGAGCGACGUCUUUCUUCGAUUCUGACGACGAUAACGAUAGAGGUCUGCAAGGCGACCUAAUUCGAAUACUGAAGCAAGCUGGUCAACCGAUUCCAGACUGGAUGAUGGCUGGAGGUGCGAGCAGAGACUAUGUGACUAGCAAACCGAGUCAAUUCGGAGGCGAAGACAUCAGAGGAAUGGAUACAAAUUCAACGCAGUACGCUGCUAGCUCAGAUGCACCGUACGAGCCAGAGGAAGCUUGGUAGACAGUUUAUUAAUCGUUUUGUUCAUGUUGCUUUUUCUUUGUAUUAUUCUGAUAGAAACAGGGUAUAAAAAGCAUUGUUUCUAUUCGAUAAGUCUAAUAGUACAAAGAGUUUUUUCUGUUUGAUAAAGUUUUACGUUUUUUUAUUAUUUACAGAACAGUUUAAUUCAGUAUUUUGUUUACGCGUAUAAAAACCGUGAUUAAUGUAAUGGUUUUAGUUGAAGUACGUGAGGUUCAUGUUAUCUUCAUUGACUAGAGUUUAAGACACGACGAUUGAUUCGCAAAAUACAUUUUCCACUUGUAUAUUUCAUACAGUAUCGAUUGUAUCAGAUAUUCAUCGUACAAAUUAUAUAGUUCUUAAGAAGAAAGUAUAAACAGAAGAGUAUAAAACGACUCGGUGAAGAUAUAACUUACAUGAGAACACUUUUAUUUUAUACAAUGAUACUCUCUGAUUAUUACCUUAAGUGUUUUGUACGUUCCUUUUAUAAUAAAAAGUUAUAAUUAAAACCUGUUUAUUUUUAUUAGAUAUUCGAUUCAUUUCUAAAUACAUUUACUAUUAACGCCGUAUUGUAUUUCAGUAGUUAGGAGUUAUUAUUUGAUCGAAAGAAUGACUUUAAAACAGUUUUGUGUACUAAAAUAUUUAUUAAUGUUAGUAAAAUGAAAUUAUGUACAGUGACUUAUUGAAGUAUUUAAAUUAUCGCGAAGGAAUCACAUACAUUACUUGCAUUGUAGUAUUUCUUUCAUUAGCACUGUAAUGAAACGGCAUAUUGGUAAGAUUUAAGUGGUAGACGUGCAUGGAAGUUGUAAUAUAUGCACUUCCUAAAGAUGUGUAAGAAGGUAAUCACUUUAUAAUAAGUACAUAGAUCUUGAAUGUGAUACUACUAAAUAUGAAUAAACGUGAAAAUGAAACAGCAUAUUAGUAAGGUUUAAGUAAUGAAUGUGCAAUUUCUGGAAAUGUAUAAGAAGUUAACUCUUUAUAAUAAGCAUAUAGAUCUUGAAUGUGAUAUUACUAUAUAUUAAUAAACAGAAAAUAAUGAUUGCAUAAUGUAAUUUACGUAAUUCUUCUAAUUGUGUUGAAUGUCGAAACUUUAUCGAUGGAAUUGUGUGUGCCUCAUUACAGAGCUAAAGAAAUGUUAACAAAUAAAUAUGACAUGAUAAGAGUUCAAAUACUUUCGUCUGUCACUGUAAACAUGUAUUGUAGUAGACAAGCUUGCUCAAUAUAAAUUAAAGGUACAUGCGUACAUGAUACAAUUUUCCAUCAAUCUUUGAAAUAUCAGGAUCGGUAAACAAUGAGUUAAUAAAUAAGUAAAUAAUUUAAGGCGUAAUGUUAUUCUAGGUCUGAGAAAAGUAUUCUAUUUUUGACAAUUUUUAACCGGAAUACGAUGAAUGUGAUACAAAAUCUGUUUGAAGACCAUGAUUGUACAUACUUUAAAGUCUACCCAAAAAUUUCUGUCUUAUCGCAAAAUGCUACGUAAAACUUCAAACGCGUUUUUCCAAAACUCAGUUUUUCGAACUAACCGGAAACAACUUUGAUAAAUCAUCAUCGAUUUAUUUGAAAUUUGAACUGUAGCUUCAAAAUUACAUUAUCUAGAGAAGUACCUACGGAUGUUACAUUUCGUUCAAUAUUUUCUUCAUUAUACACAAUUUUUCAUAGUAAUAUUUUGAUUUUGCCCCUUCGUUCCUGAUAAAAAUUGGAGGAGCAAUAUUUCUGCGGAACAUAAGCUCUGAUGUUACCAUUUCGUAGUGAAAAUUUAAAAGGAACUCUGUGGACACAAUUUAAAGUAUGUACAAUGCAGGCCUUUAAAUAGAUUUUCUACAUUCAUUAUAUUCCCAUAAAAAAUUGGUAAAAAUUGCUAUUUUUCCAGCAACUUUUGAAACCUAUACCUGUUGCAACAAUGACAUAACACAAAACUCGUGGCUGAACAAUUCUAAAUAUUGAAGGCAUCACAAUUUAGAAUAUAAAAAGAUAUUGAGAUGAUAUAUGAGAUAUUAAAGACAAUAAAAUCAUUGUUAAACGAAACUUGUCCUUCACAUUGUAAUUAAAAAAUUGUAUUCAACAAAGUAUGUCACUGUUGCAGUAAAAAGAGCAACGUAUAAAUAUUUGUGUUGGGAUAAUAAGAAUGAUGUACAUACCGUCGUUCAUGGCCAUGUCCAUCAGAUGUAAAUCCUCAUCGUUGAGGAGGGACGAGAGAAAGCCAUCGGUAGUUUGAUUGAUCGAAUCGGAAG